AUGGUAUCCCUCACUAGUGACUGUUGGACAUCUAACCAAACGAUUAGUUACAUGUGUUUAACGGCUCACUUUAUUGAUUGUGAUUGGAAAUUGCAAAAAUGCAUUAUAGGUUUUAAUGAGCUUGCACCACCCCAUAGUCGUGAGGUUAUAUCCGAUGGUAUCAUAGAGUGUCUUAUAAAAUGGGGUAUCCAAGACAAAAUAAGUACCAUCACUUUAGACAAUGCAUCGAAUAAUGAUAGGGCAACCAACAUUUUGAUGAGUAAUUUUAAGGGAAAGGGGAAGUUACACUUUGAUGGUUUGUUUUUUCAUAUAAGAUGUUGUGCUCACAUCUUAAACUUGGUAGUGCAAGAUGGUUUAGGAACUAUCGAAUCAAGUCUUGUAAAAAUUAGAGAAGAUGUCAAAUAUUUGAGGAAGUCUUCAGGUCGUUUAUUGAAAUUUGGUGAAAUAGCAAUAACAAUUGGCACAUCCACUAAUCGGUCUUCAUGUACCGAUGUAAAAACUAGGUGGAACUCAACGCACCAUAUGCUUGAAUCGGCUAUUCACCAUAAAAAAGUUUUUUUAGGUUAUGCGUUGAGAGAUUCCAACUUUGUGCGGUCCCCCACAGUUGAUGAAUGUACGAUCAUGGUUCAAGGUGUGAAAAGUAAGUUAAAAUCACUUUUUGACAAGUAUUGUAAUGCAUAUAAGACAUCUGAGACUGCCAUGAAUAGCUCAAAAAUAUCUUAUAAUGAAUCAACUUCACACACGAAUGAUUUUUUUGCUUGCCUCAAUUCAAGAACCAUUUCGAUUGAAAGAAAAUAUGAACUUGAUGAGUAUUUGGAUGAGCCGAACCUAAAAUUGAUGGAUCCAAAAUUUGAUGUCUUGAAGAGGUGGAAUCAACAUUGUAGCAAGUUUCCGGUUUUGAGUAAGAUGGCGAAAGAAAUUUUUGGCAUCCCGAUCACUACCGUGGCUUCCGAAUCAGCCUUUAGUGCUGGGGGGGCGUAUAUUGGAUGA